GGAAGCAAAAGCGGGCCCUGCUAGCCCCGCGGCUCGGUGGUCUCGGAGGCUCCGCAGGAUUGGGGAGAAGAUGGCGGAAGAGGAGUUCCCCAAUACAACUCAUGAAGGUUUCAAUGUCACCCUUCACACCACCCUGGCGGUCACUACGAAACUGGUGCGCCCGAGCCCCGCCAAGCCCAUCCUCCCGGUGCAGACGGGGCAGCAGGCUCAGCAGGAGGAGCAGUCGAGCGGCAUGACCAUUUUCUUCAGCCUCCUGGUGCUCGCUAUCUGCAUCAUAUUGGUGCAUCUACUGAUCCGAUACAGAUUACAUUUCCUGCCAGAGAGCGUUGCUGUUGUCUCUUUAGGUAUUCUCAUGGGAGCAGUUAUAAAAAUUAUAGAGUUUAAAAAACUGGCAAAUUGGAAGGAGGAAGAAAUGUUUCGUCCAAAUAUGUUUUUCCUCCUUUUGCUUCCACCUAUUAUAUUUGAGUCAGGAUAUUCAUUACACAAGGGUAACUUCUUUCAAAAUAUUGGUUCCAUCACCCUAUUUGCUGUUUUUGGUACGGCAAUUUCCGCUUUUGUAGUAGGUGGAGGAAUUUACUUUCUGGGUCAGGGGUUUUUUUUGUGUGUCUGUGUGUUUGUGUUUUUUAUUUUACAGGCUGAUGUAAUCUCUAAACUCAACAUGACAGACAGUUUUGCAUUUGGCUCCCUAAUAUCUGCUGUUGAUCCAGUGGCUACUAUUGCUAUUUUCAAUGCACUUCAUGUGGACCCGGUGCUCAACAUGCUGGUUUUUGGAGAGAGCAUUCUCAACGAUGCGGUCUCCAUUGUCCUGACCAACACAGCUGAAGGUUUAACAAGAAAAAAUAUGUCAGAUGUCAGUGGGUGGCAAACAUUUUUACAAGCCCUUGGCUACUUCCUCAAAAUGUUCUUUGGCUCAGCAGCACUCGGCACUCUCACUGGCUUAAUCUCUGCAUUAGUGCUAAAGCAUAUUGACUUGAGGAAAACGCCUUCCUUGGAGUUUGGCAUGAUGAUCAUUUUUGCUUAUCUUCCAUAUGGGCUCGCAGAAGGAAUCUCACUCUCAGGCAUUAUGGCCAUCCUGUUCUCAGGCAUCGUGAUGUCUCACUACACACACCAUAACCUGUCCCCAGUCACCCAGAUCCUCAUGCAGCAAACCCUCCGGACUGUGGCCUUCUUGUGCGAAACAUGUGUGUUUGCAUUUCUUGGCCUGUCCAUUUUUAGUUUCCCUCACAAGUUUGAAAUUUCCUUUGUCAUCUGGUGCAUAGUGCUUGUGCUGUUUGGCAGAGCGGUGAACAUUUUCCCUCUCUCCUACCUCCUGAACUUCUUCCGAGAUCAUAAAAUCACACCAAAGAUGAUGUUCAUCAUGUGGUUCAGCGGCCUGCGGGGGGCCAUCCCCUACGCCCUGAGCCUGCACCUGGACCUGGAGCCCAUGGAGAAGCGGCAGCUCAUCGGCACCACCACCAUCAGCAUCGUGCUCUUCACCAUUCUGCUGCUGGGCGGCAGCACCAUGCCCCUCAUCCGCUUCGCGGACAUCGAGGAUGCCAGGGCGCGCCGCAGAAACAAGAAGGACGUCAACCUCAGCAAGACCGAGAAGAUGGGCAACACCGUCGAGUCGGAGCACCUGUCAGAGCUCACCGAGGAGGAGUACGAAGCCCACUACGUCAGGCGGCAGGACCUCAAAGGCUUCCUGUGGCUGGAUGCCAAGUACCUGAACCCCUUCUUCACGCGGCGGCUGACCCAGGAGGACCUCCACCACGGGCGCAUCCAGAUGAAAACCCUCACCAACAAGUGGUACGAAGAGGUGCGCCAAGGCCCCUCCGGCUCCGAGGACGACGAGCAGGAGCUGCUGUGACCGACCAGGACGCGUGGCUUCCGGCCAACCGGGGCCGCAGCACUGCCAUCCAGCCUCCCCGCGGCUCCCAGGACGGCCACCCAGCAAGGGCCCCCGAGGCGUGUGCAUGUGGCACUUCUUUGGGGCGGAUGGAAGCAGGGUGACGCACAGGCUACUGUCGUCUUAACCCAGGACCUCCCAGGCCUUUGGAGCCAGCCGGCUGCCCUGAAGCACCCUCUCCCCGCUCCCCACUGGGCUGGACCUCUGCCCUCAGGGUGGCUUCCCAGCCUGCGGAUUGGAGGGACCACCUUUGCAGGUACAUGUUUCCUUCUGCUUCUGUAGCCGGGGAAUAGUCAUCUGUCACGCCAAGGUGCCUGAGAGGAGAAAUCCUGCCAUGGACCCACUGUGCAGGGCGUCCCGGGAGCGUGGUGCGCCGUUGCCGCCAUCCCUGGCCACUGCCUUCAUUACAGGGGCCCUUCCCUGCCGGACGGGUGUCGGUAGCAGCAGGGCGAGAGGCCAGCCGCCGCUUCCCUGUGCGUCAUCAAGGCACCUCGACCCUCAGCAGCGGCGGUUCUCACUUAAGCAGCAGGCUCAGAGGCCUUGGAAACCUCACACUCCCCUUCGUGAUGUCGCUUGCACUCCCUGAGAAAGAGAAACUGAGUGACCUUUUUCUCUUUACCUCUGAUUGGCACCUCACAGGCUGUCUCCCUGGGCAGCAGGCAGCUACUGCCCUUCUCUGGGAAUACUGUGAAUGUUUACACUGGAACCGAGCACGAGGGCACAGGCACCUCUCUAGAGCCCCAUUGGAAGCCGUAUCCCUGGGUUUUUUGGGGGUGAGUGACCCUAUUCAAUGUAGGGUCAGAGCACCCUCUAGAGGGAAAGUCUUCAGGGUUUAUGCUGGCCAGCAGCUGCUGUCUUUGAAUUCAGUUUAAAUUCAUGCACUUUUACAAAGUGGUGAGAGCCUAGCAGUCCCUUCCCUGACCUCGAUUCCUUACUCAGUGGUCCUUGUUUGUUCAGAGGCCCCUUUUCCUGGGCUCUGCCCACCGUUUACCUGCUGCACCUUCACUGCUCAUCGGCAUCUUUUUUUUUUCCCCUCCCAAUUCUCUACCAUCUUGGGUCCCAUUUGUCCCCGUGCUCCUCGUCUGCCACCCCUUCCCAGGGCUCCAGUGGCCUGCAGCCAGAUGCAUCUGAGUCUCACCUGCAAUCCCUGAGCAGCCACUGCUCCCUCAGGACUCGCUCACAGAGCGCUUGCGCACGCGCGCGCACACACCACACACACCCCUGCCCCGGCCACGCGCGCGCACACACACACACACACACACCCCUGCCCCGGCCACGCGCGCACA